AUGAAGUUCCACCCCACUUAUUAUCUCCUCAUGGGCGUUUCUGCCCCCGGCCUUGCCAGCGCGCUUGUCCUCCCCCGGCAGGCCAACUCCAGCGCCACCACCCACUGCGGCGCGGACUUGUGCACCUGGUGGCACGAGACCGGUGAAGUGAACACGAGCACGGCUGUGGCGCCCGAAAACGUGCGGCAGUCACGCCAGUACCUCGUGCAGGUCGCCCUGGCCGGAUCCGACGAGUUCUUCGACUCGUUCGUCUACGAGGCUAUACCGCGCAAUGGGAACGGCAAGGUCAUGAGUCCCAGCGACAGCGAUGGCAGCUUCUCGGGCGAUGACGGCAUUUCUAUUGAGCUCGACGAGGGCAUCAACAUGGCCUGGACGCAGUUUGAACACAGCCAGGACGUUGAUGUGAGGAUUCUGCGCCGCGACGGGAAGCCAGUUGGCGAUGAGGUCACCAUUCGCCCCACGGCAGAUACCUUCGACACGCAGCACGUGGCUGGUGCCCUGGUAAUCCGCGUUCCUGCUGACCGUCAGGGACACCGGUUCUCUAUGGAGUUUGCAGACGACCUGUUCACGUACCGCUCUGACGGGCAGAACUACAAGACUGAUGGCUCUGGCGAGGUCGUUGGUAUCGAACCGCGUAAUGCCCUGGUUAUCUUUGCCAGCGCGUUCUUGCCGGAUGAGAUGGUUCCCUCGCUUGAUGGACCGGACACCAAGGUCAUGACGCCUGGUGCGUUCUCCGUUGCGGAUAUUGGAGCCGCGCCCAUUGUGUACUUCCCGCCGGGCGUGUACUGGAUUGACUCUGAGCCGCUUGGUCUCGCGCAUAUCAAACUGGAUCCGGCAACGUACUGGGUCCACCUGGCACCAGGGGCCUUUGUCAAGGGGGCAGUCGAGUACACGACCAGCAACAAGGACUUUUACGCAACUGGGCACGGUGUUCUCUCCGGCGAAAUCUACGUUUAUCAAGCGAAUGUCGAGGCAGGGUAUAAAGCGGAGAAGAGCGAUAUCACCAGCCUGCGCCUGUGGUGGCACCGGAGUGUGCAAGGAGGCCAGGUCUGGCACUGCGCAGGCCCAACAAUCAGCUCCCCACCAUUCAACACGAUGGAUUUGAAAGACGGCAGCACGGACCGCGACGACAUCUCAGUCAACAUCUUCGACUACAAGCAGGUGGGCGCCUUCUUCAUGCAAACGGAUGGCCCGCAGAUGUACAACAACGGAGUCGUGCAUGACGUCUUCUACCACUGCAACGACGACGGGAUCAAGACGUACCAUUCCGGUAUCACCGCCACCCGCCUAACAAUCUGGAAGGUCCACAACAAUGCAAUUAUCCAGAUGGGAUGGCAGCCACGCGACGUCCACGAUGUCUCCAUUGACUCCCUGUACAUCAUCCACACACGCUUCCGCAGGAGCGAGACGUACGUCCCCUCGGCCAUCAUCGGCGCCUCACCAAUCUACAAUGGGGAACCCCGUCUCGACCCGUCAAUGAGCCUCAGAGGCUUUAGCAUCUCCAACAUCAUCUGCGAAGGACCGUGCCCGGGGCUGUUCCGCCUGACCCCAUUGCAGAAUUACGCGGACUUUAAGGUCUCCGGGGUGCAGUAUGUGGAUGGCCUAAUUGGGGGCAGCGUUCCAAUUGGUGAUUCCAUCAUUGCGACGACGCCGGAUACAACGUACCCUGGUGCUGAGGACCUGUCAAUGGGAUUGUCCGUCUCCGAGUGGACGGUCAAGGGUGAGAAGGUGACUAUGGAGAAUGCGGGGGCGUUGGGCCAGUGGAAUAUCAACGCGGCGUAUGAUGGACAGUGGUCGAUUGCGUGA